AAAAUCUCUCACAGACGAAAGAUCAAUCUAACAUUAAAGAGGACCCAUAAUUAUCGGUUAUUUUACAUGUUUGGUCUCCUUGUAGUAUCCUUUGUGUAAUAAAUGGGCAGCAGAUACUCUUCCUAUUUCUGGUAUUUGUACUCCAAAGUCACUCGUCUUUGUGUAGUACAUUGCACCAACCAAACUAUAAUUCACACAGAAGUACCAAAAGUUAUCAAUAUAUAGACACAUAUACAUACAUGUGUCUUGCCCAGUACCAACCUUUCAGCCCCAUCUCCCGCUCCUCAGAAUCACAAACAACAUGCCAAGAUUUCUCUUGUUGGUUUCCCUUGUCUUCUGUCUCAUCCUCUGUGUCGCCGCCCAUGGAGGUGGCCAUGAUGAUGAUGAUGAGGCAGCCGGCGGUGGCGAUGACCAUCCCGAUCUUAGAGCAAGACCCUUAGUUUUGGUGAAGAUAUGGUGUUUGAUAUUAGUCUUCAUAGGGACUUUCGUAGGUGGGGUGUCACCAUAUUUUCUGAAAUGGAAUGAGGGGUUUUUGGUGGUUGGAACCCAAUUUGCAGGUGGGGUUUUUUUGGGCACUGCUUUGAUGCACUUCUUGAGUGAUGCAAAUGAGACUUUUGAGGAUUUGACCCCCAAAGCAUAUCCAUUUGCUUUCAUGUUGGCUUGUGCUGGGUACUUGUUGACUAUGUUGGCUGAUUGUCUGAUUGGAUAUGUGUAUGGGAGAGGCAUGGGGAAAGAAAAUGGUGACUUGGAGCUUCAAGGAGGUUUUCAGCAGGGAGAAGGCAGUAGCAACGACACAACUCAGCGAUCGCUCUCUAAGGGUGAUCCCGCGCAUUCUUCACUUUCAACUCUAAGUUCGGUUGGGGAUAGUAUUCUGUUGAUCAUUGCCUUGUGCUUCCACUCUGUGUUUGAAGGCAUUGCAAUUGGUGUAGCAGAGACCGAAGCUGAUGCUUGGAAAGCUCUAUGGACAAUCAGUCUGCACAAGAUAUUUGCAGCAGUUGCAAUGGGAAUAGCUCUUCUUCGGAUGAUCCCCAAUCGCCCCCUCUUAUCGUGUGUAGGAUACGCCUUUGCGUUUGCCAUUUCAAGUCCUGUUGGCGUCGCCAUUGGUAUCAUAAUCGAUGCCACGACUCAAGGUGCUGUUGCAGACUGGAUCUAUGCCAUAUCCAUGGGGAUUGCUUGCGGGGUUUUCAUUUACGUGUCAAUAAACCAUCUUCUUUCCAAAGGUUACACACCCCAAAAUGCAGUUUCAGUUGACAUUCGCCAUCACAAGUUCUUGGCUGUAGCGCUGGGUGUUGGAGUGAUCGCUGUCGUGAUGAUCUGGGAUACUUGAGCUGCCCCAAAGAGUUUGUUUGCUUCAGACAAAGUAGCUUCAGUUUUUGUUAUUAGUUUCCAUACAAACAGAUUAAGAAUCUAAGACAACUAUAUGCCAUGCCAAGGCCUGCAGCAUAUAUGAUUAAUGCCAUUAAAUUGAUUCAAAGACAUUUUCUU